CAACCAGGAAGCGAAUGGCGGAAAUGUAGAUCUACCUCACGCUUUUAGUCAGGAUUUUUGGCGUAUUUUGUGUCUUGGAAGGAGCGAACCCUGAAGCAGGCAGCAGAUGUGUUCAGUUAGCAGCAGAAGGAGGCUCCAGUGACACAAUGCGGCCGCUGUGAUCCGCACCGUGAAUGGACAGAUGGACAGCCAGUGAUCCAGCUGAGACUGAGAGCGUCCUCUCGUUAACUAUAACACUGACGUAUGGGCCUGCUGCUCAGCUAGCUGAGGAAGACGGCCAUCAUGUUUCUAAAAACCUCCUUCACCACUCUGAUUGUGGGGGUGUUUGUGGUGUAUGUGCUGCACACAUGCUGGGUGAUGUAUGGGAUAGUGUACACCAAACCCUGUGACAGCCCCAAAGGAGACAACUGCAUCACACCAUUCCUGGCAGGCAACCCCAAACUGCAGUUGAGUAUCUACGCUUCGGUGAAGCCAAGCGCAGAAGGCGGCCAUACUCUGAUUCACAGAGAGGAGAACUUUGAUGUCAACAGCAAGUUUGAGAGAAUUGUCAACGUUUCACUCCCGAAGAAAACGCGUAACAAUGGAACUUUAUAUGGAUUAAUAUUCGUCCAUCAGGCUGGCCUCAAUCCAUGGCAGGACCCACGACAGGUCCACUUAGUGGCUCAGCUCACCACCUACAUGGUCCCAAAGCCUCCAGAGAUCUCUCUGAUCUCUGGAGAAGAUCAAACGCUGGAUGAAAAACAGGAGGAGCAGAAGAAGACGAAACGUGACGGUAAACCUGCAGCAGGAACUGGAGCUAAAGGUGGAACCAGCGCUUCCUCAGACCAUCCAGUUUCUCACUGGCGCUCCCGUCUAACUCUCAACAUCGUCGGCGACCACUUCCUGUUCGACAGAGAAUACCUGCCAAGCGACGUUCACAGAUACCUCAGAGUAUUCCAGAACGGGAAGAAGAUGGUUUAUCUACCUCUGCUGUUUGUUGACGAGCUAAGCAACAGGGUCAAGGACCUGGUGGAGAUCAACAGCACCUCCACAGAGCUCCCUCUGACUGUCUCCUAUGACUCCAUUUCUCUGGGCCGCCUGCGGUUCUGGAUCCACAUGCAGGAUGCUGUUUACUCUCUGCAGCAGUUUGGUUUCACAGAAAAAGAUGCUGAUGAGAUCAAAGGGAUCUUUGUGGAUACCAACCUGUACUUCCUGGCUCUGACCUUCUUUGUCGCAGCCUUCCAUCUCCUCUUCGACUUCCUCGCCUUUAAGAAUGACAUCAGCUUUUGGAAGCAGAAGAAAAGCAUGGUGGGAAUGUCCAGCAAAGCAGUGCUGUGGAGAUGUUUCAGCACCAUAGUGAUUUUCCUCUAUUUGUUCGACGAGCAAACGAGUCUUCUGGUACUCAUACCUGCUGGGAUCGGCUCUAUAAUCGAAGUUUGGAAGGUGAAGAAAGCCUUUAAAAUCCAGGUUGUGUGGAAAGGAGGCAAACCAACAUUUGUGUUUGGGAAAUUAGACGAAUCAGAGCGAAGAACAGAAGAAUAUGAUACUCUGGCCAUGAAGUAUCUCUCAUACCUCCUUUAUCCACUGUGCAUCGGAGGGGCAGUGUACGCGCUGGUAUUCCUGCGAUAUAAGAGUUGGUACUCGUGGUUAAUAAACAGCUUGGUGAACGGUGUGUAUGCCUUUGGUUUCCUCUUCAUGCUUCCUCAGCUUUUUGUCAACUACAAGCUGAAGUCUGUGGCUCACCUGCCUUGGAAGGCCUUCAUGUAUAAGGCAUUCAACACCUUCAUUGAUGAUGUGUUCGCCUUCAUCAUCACCAUGCCAACCUCCCACAGACUGGCAUGUUUCAGGGACGAUGUGGUUUUCCUAAUUUAUCUAUAUCAGAGAUGGCUCUACCCAGUGGACAGAACAAGAGUAAAUGAAUAUGGUAUUUCAUAUGAUGAGAAGCCCAAAGAAAAGACUCACAAGGACUAGAGGGAACAUGGGUGUUUUUUUGCAGACUUCGACGAGCUGCUACCUUCGGAUGUCAUCUUUUCUUCACUCAUAACCACAGAAAUGUUGGCAACAUUUGAAGGUUUAAUUGCUUGCACAUCAUUCCUCACUAACUGCUAAAAAACUUGAACAUCGGUAGAGAGCCAAUAUGUAGCCAGUAUUUGUCCACUCUGGGCUACUGUAGGAACCAUGCCAGGGCAUCUUGAUGGAUUUGGUGGAAGGGAAAACUUGUUAACAGAAACGUUAAAGGCUGAAACUUUCACAUUUUACUCUGAUUAAAAUAUCGAUUAGUUUCAUUACAGUUGAUCAAAGAAAUGACAGAAACGUACUCGUACUAACGUCCAAUGAGCUGAGUCUAAUGCAUCACUUUGUUGCCAACGAACCAGAAUUUUCGUUAAAAUUCUGGUUCUAGCAGUUUUCGUUCUAGUGUGAAAUGGCAUAAAAAUCAACAAGCUAAAUCUGAAAAGCUAGCAUCAAAACGUAUGCAAAAAAAAAAAAGUGUAGACUGGAGAACUGACUGCAUCUAAUCAAACACUGUGAUAUAAUCCACUACACUAACGGCUGUGAGGGCUUUACUAUCAUAUCGCUAUACCAGCUUACAUUCCACUGCAAAGGUUGUUUAGCUUAAAGUUUCAGGUGGAUUUUUCUAAUUUAAAUUUCUGUUAACUAAUCCUAGGAACAUGUUUCAGGCCACUUUGAAAGAUUACCUCAUAUGAUGCAUCCAAUGGGAGCAGUUUUUUUUUUAAGCCAAUCUUUUGAUUCAUAUCUUCCAUCAGGAAGAACCAACUGCUCUAUACUUAUAGUUAAAAACAUGCAAUAACAUUUUUACAGAAAACAUAAAAUAGAGGGUAAGAUUCAGUGGUUUAGUGUUUCAGUAAGAAAGUUUCAUUUUUGCAUUCGAGACAAAUGCAAAAAGAAACUUUGUUUUUUAAAUGUGUCUUUUAUUGCAUAAUUAGAAUAUUCAUUAUAAAAACUUGAAUCAAGAAUAAUAUCGAUUUUAAAUGAACAAGCAUUGAAUUGGAAAAAAGUACAUAAUAGUUAUAUUUGUGAAAAAGUUUCUUCCUGUUGGCUUCUGUAAAAGCUGAUGUGGAGAUAAAGUUCUGAUGCAGAUACGGAAAAUGUAGGAUUUUAUGUAGGAGAGUUUCUGGAUGUUGAAGGAAUGAUUCGGUGUUGGAUUAAGAUGGGAUUCUGGUAAAAACUGAGACCUUUCCUGGUGUCCUCUUUUAAGUCAACAACAAAUCGAACUUCUAAGUUUAAAAAAAA